UUUGGCAACUGUGGCGGUCGCGUGUCAGAGCGGAGGAUGUCCUCUAGUGGCCUAAAGACUAAAGAUAUGCAGCGUCGGUAAAGUUAUUGAAAUUAAUAAAAUGAUUUUUUUUUGUAAUGUACAAUAAAACUAUAUAAGUUACAUAUACACAAUACUAUAUUAUUGUAUAAUUAUAAUAGAAUAUAUAAUUAUUCAGUUUACAUCACCUUCAUAAAUUAAAUAAAAACGGAAAAAAGAAAAAAACACACUGAUGCACAUUCUUAAUUCAAUAUUUUGUAGAUGUAGAGUUAAAAAAAAAUCGUAGAAUUUUAUGUAGAAAAGUUAAAUCGCCAUCUUUUUCCGACCAAAUUUGUGACUUGAACGCACCCGACGUCGUGGUAACGACUUGUCAACUAGUAAGUACGUCCCAGCAGCAGCGUCACGUCCAGGUGUAGUCUAGCACUACGUAAAUGACCCAUACACCUAGAUUUUGUUUACUUUCACUUUAAACAGUCUUUAAACGACUUUGUCAGAUAUGAAGUAGAAGAAGGAAGUCUUAAAAUUCUUACCGGGUUUAAUAAAAUGCUUCAACUCCUAUUUUGCAUUUUAGCCAGAAGUGCAGCAUCUUUUAUAAGCAUACCAAAUGAUCACUUGAUUGCAGUCAGGGGUCAUCCAGCUGUACUGGGCUGUCAUUUUACACCGCACCCUGACCUCUCCAGCCUGACUAUAGUGUGGCAACGCCAGGAGGACUCACAAGUCGUGCACAGCUUCUAUUAUGAACAGAACCAACUAGACCAUCAAAGUCCAGAAUACCACAACCGGACCUCAUUGUAUAUUUCAGAGCUUGGUAAAGGGAAUGCCUCUCUCAGGAUAGAUGGAGUUGGACUGAAGGAUAUGGGUUGGUACCUGUGCAAAGUGAACAACAUCAAUGGGGCAGGAAAAGCCAAAAUAAAACUUAACUAUGGAGCCUUUUACUCUGAGCCCAGGUUGAGCAUUCAUGUGAACUCCACCACAAUAACAGUGCAGUUUGAGACAGAGGGAUUCCCCAAACCUGAGGUGAUCUGGCUGGAUGAAUAUGGCCAGAGUCUCAUUCAUCACCUGGAGCUCCAUGACCAAGCAGAAGAUGGACUUUAUUUAGUUAAGAGCAGAUAUGAGGCCCAGAAGCCAGCAGUUAAUGUCACAUUUACUAAGAACCACCUCCUGAACCAGAACCUUGAGAGACCUGUGAUCUAUGGUAAAGACCUUCACUCUGAAUUUCAUGUGUCAAAAUUUGUGAAUUGUGUAUGUGUGUUCACAGGUUUGACUGUACUUGUGAGGUCCAAAAUGCCUUCACUUUUCAAAAAAGUCAUCAUUAAUAUAUAGUGAAUCUUUCUGAAAAUCAGUCAAUUUCACCUGUAAAUUUACUAUUAAAUCAAAAAGCUCAAUUAAUCUAAAAUGAAUGCAGUCUUGAUAUUAACAAUCUAACGGAUGUGUCUGUUUUAGUUCCAGGAGAUGCUGGAGAUGGAAACAUUGCACUCAUAUUUCUCUCAAUUCUUUGCAUCAUUUUGAUUGGGAUUAUUGCUCACAUGAUGAAAAGCAGAUUUAUUAGCCAAAUGCCAGAUGCUUCAGGAAGCAUUUUUUAACCAGGAUUGAACCAUAGAUAGAUUCUAACCUAUAUAAAGCAAUAUUGGGGUAUUUGAGCUGCAGUGGGCCAUGAGUAUCAGGGUGACUAUAGUAUAAAUCUUUCAACAGUAUGCUUAUCUUUAUAUAUUGUACCUUUGCCAGGGGUGUAUUCCAAAAAGCAGGUUAUGUGACAUACCCGGGUAUGUUUGAGGAUAAGCAAGCGGAUAACCUCAGAUUUCGGUUCCAAAAUCGGAGGUUACUUUCAGGGUAUGUAAGUAACCAUAGUAACUUGCUCUCUGAAGAUAACCUGCUCCAGAGCAGGUUAUGUUCCAGGGUUAGUUCAUUUCAGAACUAUCAGCACAUGCGUGAGAGCCUUCAGUGGGCGUGACAGAUAGCGCACAACAUUAUAUAUUAUUACAAUAUAGUUAAUAUAUAUAUAGUUGUCAAGUCAAGUCAUCUUUAUUUAUAUAGCGUUUUUAACAAUACAGAUUGUUUCAAAGCACUUAACAGUAUCAAAUUGGAGGAUAGAGCGUCAGUAAUGUAUAAUGAUAAGAUUAAACACUCAAUUGUCAGUUAAAGGCAUUUCAUUAUUGAAUUCAGAGAUGUCAUUAUCUAGCUCAGUUUAGUUUAAAUAGUAUAAUUGCUAGAAAUUAAGUUGUAUGAUAUGUUAAUUAUAAAGUGCUAAUAUAAGUAAUAAAUAAUGUAAUAUUAUUCUAAUAUGUUUUUAUAUUUAUUUUAUUGGCAUAUAUUACAGUUAUCUGUAUAAAUUAUAAAACACUUAUGACAAGGUAAUGUUUAAUUUAUUAUAUUAUAUAUAUUUAUUACAGUUUAUAUCUCACACAUCGAUCGGCAUUUUCUAUAAUGUAUUUAUAUAAUAAAAAUACAUGUAUGAUAUGACUUAAUAUAUAAUUAUCAUCAAACAAACAAUAUAAUUCAUAUUUUCAAUUUUAACGAUUAAACGGGGAAAAAAGAAAAAUGAUUGCACAACCAUCAAUUAGGUGGCGAUAUGCACUAAGCAUGUAAACGACCAUUGAAAAAAAGAAGAAAGAAACAGCAUGGCGUGCUUUUUCUUAGCGUCCGUUUCCAUAGUGAUUAGUCACCCUGUUGAGAAUGUCUUGAGUCUUAACCAGGAACAUACUCUGAGUUGAAUGAACUUACUCACAGACGCGUUUUUGGAACCACAUACCUCGAGUAAGCAAGGUUUUGGGUUAAUCAACUGAAAGUUGAGGGUUUAGCUGACGGCAAGUUAACCGUGCUUUCUGGAAAACACCCCAGGCAUGCUGUUUUGUUUUCUGUUUACUUAUUUCAGUUAUCACUUUUCCCCUUUUCACGUUAUCAUGCAAAUUACAAUUGUCAGAGCAUAUCCGUUGUUUAUUUAUUUUUAUUUUUAUUUAUUUAUUUAUUUAUUACAUUUAUUUUAACAUUUAAGUCUAUUUAUAAAAUAUUUAGCUCGUUAGAACACAGCACCCCGCUAAAAAAACCCAAAAAACAAUAGAAGCCCAAUAGAAACCAUACCAGAAAUUCUGAUGGUUUCCAUUAAAAUACCAUUAUAAACCAUUAGCUUUUCCAGUAAAACCAUUGCAAAAUUCCUUUUUGUAGUGUGUUUUGGGCAUUUUUCCAAUAGGAUUUAACAUCCCACCAAUAGAAUCCAUCACAUACCAGUAGACACCAUUAUAGUUUCCAUUAAAACCAAUACAAUUCCCAUUAUAACUAUUAAAACCAUUAGAUUUUCUAUUGUGUUUUGGGCAUGGUUCUAUUGUUUUUUUCAGCAGGGUAAUUACAGCUGACAAAAUGUUUUUAUUUUUAUUUUUAUUUCUAUAGAAUUGUGAUGCUCUGUGAUGUUAAAGUGAAUUGGACAAGGAUUUUGUUCUCUGUUUUUAGAAGAUCAUCUCUAUAAAUAAAUGAUGACAGACUGUGAAGCUAAUUAUUCUGUUCGAUAGAGAUGCUAAACCACUAUGAAAUCUGAGACUUGCUAUAUUUUCUGGAUAUAUUUUCUAAUUAAGCUAUUUAUGAACUUAUGACACAUUGAUUCAAUAAAACAAAUUAGUGACCUGGGA